UUGAUCAGACAUGGUGACGCUGUGAAUGAACGUGUACUAUAACUCUUCUCAGGGGGAUAGAACCGCUGCGAUAAAAGUGGGCACUGGACAGAAGAUGUUUUGAGAAGUGCGUGUCUGAGAGAAGCUUUUAAGCCAGUAAAGAUGGAAAACGAGACCAUCAGUGAAUUGAACCAAACACAGCUUCAGCCACGAGCAGUGGUGGCCCUAGAAUACCAAGUGGUCACCAUCUUACUUGUGCUCAUUAUCUGUGGUCUGGGCAUCGUGGGCAACAUCAUGGUAGUCUUGGUGGUCAUGAGAACCAAGCACAUGAGGACACCCACAAACUGCUACCUGGUGAGUCUGGCAGUAGCUGAUCUCAUGGUCCUGGUGGCUGCAGGCCUUCCCAACAUCACGGACAGUAUCUAUGGUUCCUGGGUCUACGGCUAUGUUGGAUGCCUGUGCAUUACUUACCUCCAGUACUUGGGAAUUAAUGCAUCUUCCUGUUCAAUAACAGCCUUCACCAUUGAGAGGUACAUAGCAAUCUGUCACCCCAUCAAAGCUCAGUUUCUUUGCACAUUUUCCAGAGCCAAAAAGAUCAUCAUCUUUGUCUGGGGUUUCACAUCCAUUUACUGUAUGCUCUGGUUCUUUUUGCUGGAUCUCAAUAUUAGCACCUACAAAGAUGCUAUUGUGGUGUCCUGUGGCUACAAGAUCUCCAGGAAUUACUAUUCACCUAUUUACCUAAUGGACUUUGGUGUCUUUUAUGUUGUACCAAUGAUCCUGGCCACUGUCCUCUAUGGAUUCAUAGGUCGAAUCCUCUUCUUAAAUCCCAUUCCUUCAGAUCCUAAAGAAAACUCUAAGACAUGGAAAAAUGAGUCAACCCAUCAGAACAAGAAUUUGAAUUUAAAUACCUCUAAUAGAUGUUUCAACAGCACAGUAUCUUCAAGGAAGCAGGUCACCAAGAUGCUGGCGGUGGUUGUAAUUCUAUUUGCCCUGUUAUGGAUGCCCUACAGGACUCUUGUGGUUGUCAACUCAUUUCUCUCCAGCCCUUUCCAAGAAAAUUGGUUCUUGCUCUUUUGCAGAAUUUGCAUUUAUCUCAACAGUGCCAUCAACCCAGUGAUUUACAAUCUCAUGUCCCAGAAAUUCCGUGCAGCCUUCAGAAAGCUCUGCAACUGCAAGCAGAAGCCCCCAGAGAAACCUGUUAACUACAGUGUGGCCCUAAAUUACAGUGUCAUCAAGGAGUCAGACCAUUUCAGCACGGAGCUCGACGAUAUCACUGUCACUGAUACUUAUUUGUCUGCCACCAAAGUGUCUUUUGAUGACACCUGUUUGGCUUCUGAGGUAACCUUUAGCCAAAGUUGAUUCGUGAAUUAGAAGAAAAUGGACCACAAAGUAAAUGAGAAUCUGUGCAGUUAUCAACAAAAGAUAGGAAACGGCUAACACUUGUAUGUGAAGACGGAUAAAAUCUUUGCCAAGGCUCUAACAA